AUGUAAAAAACAUUAUUAAUAGCAGGAUUGACACUCCUUUUGAGCACAAUUGGUUAUAUUCAUCAUCAAUAACCAACUAACUUAUUACAAGCUGAAUUUGAAGCAUUCAAAACUACAUAUAAGAGAUCAUAUAAAGUCACAGAAGAAGCUUAUAGAAGAGCUAUUUUUGAAUAAAAUUAUGCUAAAAUAUAAGCUCACAAUGCUGAUCCAACCUAAACAUAUGAAUAAGGUGUCAAUUAAUUCACUGAUUUGACAUAAGAAGAAUUUAUAUCCAUCUACUUAACUUUCACCCCACCUGAAGGAUGGUAACCAGAAGAAGGAGAAGUUGUAUAAGAAAAUGUUGAACCAAAUGACUCAGCUGAUUGGAGAUCAGUUGUCCGUGUUAAGGAUUAAGGUGGCUGUGGUUCAUGCUGGGCAUUUUCUGCUGUUGGUGCUGUUGAAGCUUUCUUGAGAGUCGUAAAAGGAUAAAAUCUCAAUUUAUCUGAAUAAUAAUUAGUUGAUUGUGAUACUAGCAGUUAAGGAUGUAAUGGAGGAUAUCCAGAUAAAGCUAUUUCUUAUAUUGCCAGAAAUGGUGCUGAAUCAUAAGCUAACUAUCCAUAUGUAGGAAGAGAUUAGGCUUGUAAAUCUAAAACAGGUCCAACUAAAGUUACUGGAAACUAAGCAAUUGCUAGAACUGGUUUAUAAGCUGCAAUUAAAUCAUAUCCAAUUUCAGUUUGUGUCGAUGCCUCAAAUUGGAGUCCAUAUAAGUCAGGAAAAUUCUCUAACUGCAAUAAGAAUAUCAAUCAUGCAGUUAUGGCUGUUGGUUUUGAAACUGAUGGUACUUGGCUUAUCAAGAAUUCAUGGGGAACUGGAUGGGGAUAAUCAGGAUUUAUGGAAUUAGUAGGAGGAGACACUUGUGGUGUUACUCAAAUGGCAAACAAAGCUUAUUGAGAUAAUAUUUACAUAAAAAUUUAAAUAAUAUU